AUGAGACGAUCGGAGAGCGCUCUCAACGUGAAAGCACCCGCAGUUGGUGGAGCAGUCAACGCGUUUUUACACUCCGGGUGUGAAUACGGCAUAUUCCAAGAAAAAUCAACGAAAGAUGAGGACGCGUACUGCGUGUUCGUGGACGAUGCGGUUCCCGGGAAGUUUGCGGAUGCGGUGUUUUGCAUAUUCGACGGCCACGCCGGGAAGCUGAGCGCGACAAAGUGCGCGGAAGAAUUUUUACAGCGAAUAUGCGACGCUUUGCCAGAAGACGAGAAGCCGAGCACGAGUAGCGGUAAAAGAAAAGAGAGCAAUAAUAAUAAUAAUAAUAAUAAUAAUAAUAGAAGAAGGAGCAGCGCGGAUAAUCUAAGAUAUCACGAUAUUUUAUUGGACGAUAGAGAAAACGCCAAACGAGUGUGGCCGAAAUCGUUAGAGCAGGCGACGAGAGACGCGGCGGCGAAGAUUAACCACGACAUGCGAGUAACUGGAAGAGAUGGAACGACCGCGUUGGUUGUUAUGAUUAAAAGAGCAUUAGACACAAACAUCGCGUACGUGAAAACAGCUUGGGUGGGGGAUACGCGAGCGGUGAUUCGAUAUAAAAACAGAACGUUCAAUUUGAGCGAAGAUCACACGGCGAUGAAUUUAAACGAACGCUCGAGGAUGGGGCAGUAUUACAGAGCUCGCGCGAGAAAAAGUCGCGUUUUGAAGCAAAAAGCGGACGAGUUGAAAUCAUUUAAGAGCAGACGAAGCCGAAACGCGAGUGUGGAUGAUCUUCUCACGGAUUCGGAUAAUCCGUCCAUCGAAGGCGGUUUAGCCUUUAAAGAGUGGCAAGAGAAGUCGCAAGCAGAAAAAGAAAAAUCAAUCAGAGGUGGAUCAGAAAUGCUCACGCGAUUUGCCGGUGGAAGAAGAGCUUCGGAGGUGCUCAAAUCUCGCAACGAUAGCUUUACGCAAACCUCGGAAGCGGUGAGAGAAAGAGAACACGAGGGCAGGAACACGCCGCCACCGAUAACGACGAGUUCUACCGGGAGAGAUACAAUAAAAAUUCCAAAGAGCAAUAGUGGCACAAACCUAAACAAUAUAGUAGUAAAAAGUGUCGUAAAAUCGACUUCGGGGAGCGAUUUAACCCAAGCCCAAGGUGCCGGAAACGCCGCGGCAAAACUCGCGGAUUUAUCUUUGAAAUUACCAAGAGAAGAUGCCAGAAAAGAGUUAAAAAAGAUGCAUGCUAAAUUCGAGGAGAAAGAAAUUAAGAAAACGAUACGAUCGCUCGCGGCGGGAGUCACUCAAGACGAUUCUGCUUUUUUGAAUAACAAUCAUAGUGGCGAAGAUUCGAGCACCAACGGGAGCAGCUCAGGGAGGAAGAGUUCUUCCUUACCGUACAGCUCCUCGAGCGAAGAGUUGGAAGAUUCGCGUCUAGAACCGUCCACAACGCAGAAUUUUGGCGGAGAAGAGAACGAGGACGACGACGACGACAUCUACGCGACUUUGUUUCCAUUCAAAAUUGAAGACAUACCUCGAGUGCACAUCGAUCGUUCCGGUCUAGUUUCCUCGAUGCACUCGAGAAGAACGUCGUUCUUAGCAAGAAUAGAACACGAAGAAACUGGCGGUUUGUCCGCACCAAGAAUUGUCGCCCGAACUGGCGUAUCCUGCGCAUUCUCGCGGUCGAUUGGUGAUUCCGGCGUCGCUCGCGCCGUCAUAUGUACGCCAGAGUUCAGAGAUUUCACCAUCGCCUGCGGAGAACCGGCUCGGAUAGUUUUAGCCUCAGACGGGUGUUGGGAUGUGUUUACGAGCGACGAAGCGACGUUACACAUUGAAUCCUUGCGUGACGCCGAUCACACGCGAACGAGCGAUAUUUCUACGAGAGGGGGAGGUUUCCACAACACGGCAACCGUGGACGCCUCGGUCCGAGGCGGAAGCAAUCACAGCGGGAAUAACAUGAGCUCCGGGAAAGAUGGGAGCGGAAUGUACGCAGAUUUAAGCGUUCGAUUUGGCCAAAACUCCUCGUUUCAAGAGUCUGCGCCAGGUAUACCUGCCGCCCAAGCGGCUAAGAAACUCGCGAAAGCGGCAAAGCAGAGAAGAUUGUAUCGAAGUUACCCUCCGGACGAUAUUACGGUUAUAGUCGUCGAUAUCAACUUGGCGCAUUUCGAAGUGAUUGAUCAACCCGGAUGUUCGUGCGUGGUUUCAUAA